AUUUUUCUAGGGUCACAAGAAAAAGUAAUGUUUUUUAACAGAAGUGGUAUAUUUGACAGAUAAAUAUCACGUGCGAAUAUACUCCAGACGGUGUCAAGUGGCGACCGUUGGAGGGUUUUUUUCUCGGCUAAAGGAGGCGGCAGUCACCCGAAAGAUGUUCCCAAGGGGCAAAGCCUUUAUCACAGCACAUCUCAGGUAGUGGACACCCAGUUCAAUGUGUAUAUAUCGUCUGUGCUUGCUUCCUGCUGUUUCUUUGAUACCUAGCCCUGUAAGACGUGGAACCUCCGUCUUCUUGCAGCCUCUUGCAGCGAAAAGGAAGGAACUCCACUGUGCCUGGGUUUGAAUUUUUCCAUUUAGCUCACUUUUCUCCUCUUGGAGCUAAAAGGCCAUGCCAGUGAACGUCCUCCGUUUCAUUCUUCAAAACAUUGUCAUUGUACUUUCUUUGUUCAAUACCUGGAUUGGGUGCUCUAUUGUUUUCUCCAUUUCCUCCUACAGUCCUACUUUCUCCGUUUUCCUGUACCAAAACGUCAUCGUUAUAUUUCACCGGAUCCCCCUUCUCCGAGGAAGGGAUAUGCUCACUGUUGAUAGAAGCACCGUACCGAACAUUGUUGAAAUCGAUAAGAAUAGGGUUUCAGUGAAGUGGUAGAACUGUUGAAUUGUUGAAAUCGAUCCUACACAAACAUUUUAAAUUAUACUGCCAAACAGGCUCCUAGUUUUGCAGAAUUGUUGCACGUUUGUGUAGGAUCGAAGCUAUUGGAACUUGGAGAGGUGAAGGUUUUGUGAGUAUGAUAAGAUUCUCCCAAUCCAAUUCCAGGACUGUAGUCUUCAACAAAACUGUUGUAUGUACUUUAAAAUUUGAAUUGCGUGAAAUGCAGGCUGGAUAGAAAAAUCAUAUCGGAUUCUUGGAAUGGGUUGAUCCAUGGGUAUAUAUGGUGGUGAAUGAGAAAACUUGGAGAAACACAUCAAUACGGAAUGAGGCCGGAUGGCUUUACUUUUGGUCCUUUGAAUCUUUGAUGUCUAGAUUUCUAUAAAUGGAGUCCAGUACUGAGAAAAAACCUGGAUUGAAGACAAUAGUCAGCCAAGAGAACUUGCUGGUUCGUCCCCGCUUCUUGCAAAACAAUAUGGUUUAACAUUCUUCGCCGCCAUGUCCUCUGCAAACCGACAUCAUUUGGACUUUCUGCGUUUAUUAGAUUCAACUGCUCCAGAUCCUAAAUGCAACAAAAAUAAAAGCAAAACCAAAAUUGUACACUAUGGACUUUCAAUCCCUCCAUUUCAUCUUCAGCAAAAGACCCCUUUGCCUAUUCCCAUUUUCAUAAUCUUUGCGCUAAUCAUCUCAGUUGUCUCAAUAUGUUGCAUUAACCAACAAAGUCUGGUACGGUAACAUAAUUCACAACAAAAGGGAUAAAAAUGUGGUAAAAGUCAUUAAAAGAGGAUGCAUGAUUCCAAGUCAGUUUGAAGUUGAACAUUGAAACUUCACAUACCGUACUUGUUCAAUCCUUUGAAAUUAAAUCAUAGGGCACUGCACAAAAGAAGCGGCUGUAAGUGAUGUUUAUUAGGCCCUUCUCUGAGGCUGCUGGAAACAAAACCCUAGGCGGUUCGGCCCAGCCCAUUAGCAGGGCCAAUUAGAUUCCCACCGCCUAUAUGGCUAUAUUACGCCUCAGGCCCUGAACCCCGAGUCUACAAAAAAACAAGAAGACAGGAAAGGGAUAAGAAGGGUUUCAUUCGUCUCUGGUUUCACUCUUCUCACUUCUCAGAACGCUUAACACAGUAAGCACUCUUUCCCUGCUUUUCUCUCUCUGGAUUCAGUUUUUAUGUACAGAGCCCAUUCAAGUAUCUGUUACUUUGUUUCAAUCAACACUUUGUCAUGAACUUCUGAGUUCAGUUUGACCUCUGUUAUAAUACGAGUAGGAUUGACUAUGGAUUUGAUAGUACCCGUGAGCCAAACCCAUGAGGGGCUUUACUCAUUGCAGCAUGUUCAUAGGGAGAACACAACAAAAACCUGUUUGGGGACGAGGGCUAGGUUUCGCUCAAACCUUGUUUUAGGGUACAAAGCUCGCUUUCUUGCUUUAUCUGAUGGUACAAGCAAUGAGUGUAAAAAAAUCGGGGGGUCUCGAAACCAGAGGCGAAACCAAGUUUUUGCCGCCCUGAGAGCUGAUACAUUUAGUUCCAAUGACAAAUUGCCAUAUGCUGAGAAAAACCAGCACGUUCAUUUGAGUGGUGGAAAUUACACAUCAAAUUCCUCAAGCAGUAUUGAGGAACAUGAGAGUAAUAAUCAUCUUCGUCGAUUGGUUAGAAAUGGGGAAUUGGAGGAUGGGUUUAAAUUUCUUGAGAGUAUGGUUUAUCGGGGUGAUAUUCCUGAUAUCAUACCGUGCACAAGUUUGAUUAGAGGGUUUUGUCGUAUUGGUAAGACCAAGAAGGCCACUUGGGUUAUGGAAAUUCUGGAACAGUCAGGGGCGGUUCCUGAUGUUAUAACUUACAAUGUUUUGAUUAGUGGGUAUUGCAAGUCAGGGGAGAUUGAUAAUGCUCUACAGGUGCUUGACCGAAUGAAUGUUGCUCCCGAUGUUGUUACAUAUAAUACCAUUUUGCGUACUUUGUGUGAUAGUGGCAAAUUAAAGCAAGCAAUGGAAGUUCUUGAUCGGCAAUUGCAAAAAGAGUGUUAUCCUGAUGUGAUAACAUACACCAUUUUGAUUGAAGCAACUUGCAAGGAAAGCGGCGUUGGGCAGGCAAUGAAGCUCUUAGAUGAGAUGAGGAAUAAAGGUAGUAAGCCUGAUGUUGUCACUUAUAAUGUUCUUAUUAAUGGGAUUUGCAAGGAAGGGAGGUUGGAUGAAGCAAUCAAAUUCUUGAAUAAUAUGCCAUCGUAUGGUUGCCAACCUAAUGUGAUUACCCAUAAUAUCAUUUUGCGGAGUAUGUGUAGUACGGGAAGGUGGAUGGAUGCCGAGAAACUCUUAUCUGACAUGCUUCGAAAAGGAUGUUCUCCUAGUGUUGUCACCUUCAAUAUCUUGAUUAACUUCUUGUGUCGGCAGGGACUAUUGGGCAGGGCGAUUGACAUUUUGGAGAAAAUGCCUAUGCAUGGAUGCACUCCUAAUUCAUUGAGCUAUAAUCCAUUGCUUCAUGGGUUUUGCAAAGAAAAGAAGAUGGAUAGAGCAAUUGAAUAUCUGGACAUAAUGGUGUCUCGGGGGUGUUAUCCAGAUAUUGUGACCUAUAAUACUUUGCUCACUGCUUUAUGCAAAGAUGGGAAGGUUGAUGUUGCAGUUGAGAUUCUUAAUCAGUUAAGUAGCAAAGGUUGUUCUCCUGUUUUAAUAACUUAUAAUACAGUUAUUGAUGGGCUUUCAAAGGUGGGGAAAACGGAACGAGCCAUAAAGUUGUUGGAUGAGAUGCGCAGGAAGGGUCUCAAACCUGAUAUAAUUACCUACUCUUCGCUUGUCUCAGGGCUUAGUAGAGAAGGAAAGGUUGAUGAAGCCAUUAAGUUUUUUCAUGACUUGGAAGGAUUAGGUAUCAGGCCCAACGCAAUCACCUAUAAUUCUAUCAUGUUGGGACUGUGCAAGUCUCGGCAAACUGAUCGGGCCAUUGACUUCUUGGCUUAUAUGAUAUCCAAGCGAUGUAAACCCACUGAAGCUACAUACACCAUUCUCAUUGAAGGUAUUGCAUAUGAAGGUUUAGCCAAGGAAGCUCUGGACUUGUUGAAUGAGCUGUGCUCCAGGGGACUUGUGAAGAAAAGCUCAGCAGAACAGGUGGCAGUCAAAAUGUAACCUGGAGUACAUGCCAGCUUUUACUCUUGGACGAGUAGUCUCUGGUAAAUUAUGCCCUUGGAUUUGGCUUGUCUUGAUUUCUUUCCCAAUCAUUUCCUAGAUGUCGGAUUAUUAUUAUUUUUAAUUUUCUUUUUGCAGCAAGCAAGAUCCAAGGUUAAUUUUGUUAGAUAACAACCCACAUAAUGUAGCCUUUUCCUUACUAUGUUUGGUUUCAGGUUAUAUUUGGUACUCUCGUGAAUUUUUUUUUACUUGGUUGUCACGCUUUAAUCUACAUACGGAUACCCAUUCGUACUUGCCUUGUUC